AAAAACUUUUCUUUUGAAAAUCUUGAUUCAUUGUACCCUGAAAAUCUUUUAAAUUGAGAAGAAGAUAAAUCGAUUUCAAUUUCGAAGCGGGAGAGUGACUUGUGUUGUUUCUGAAACCUAAUCCAAAAUCCAGCUAGCGAGAAAGGUCGAUAAUGGCGGACGAAAACGAAGAACUCGAGCCUUUGUUUGAUUACAGUCGAGUUCAGCCCAACAUUGUUUGUCUCGACGAUGAUGAUGACGAUGACGAUGUUGUUUGUGUUGGUAAGAAGAGAAAAAAGAAUUCUCAGCAUGUAGUUGAGAAUGGGAAGACUAAUGUAGAAGCUGUGCCGGUGGCUGUGGUGGACGUUGACGAUGAUGAUUGGUUACCUUCUCCCCCGAAGGUCACCAAGAAGGCUGAUGUGAAGAUUGAUGAGCAGGAUUCAACUUUAAAGAAUUUGAGAUUGAAGAAGAAAGAGCUUGCCUCUUUUGCUGAAUCUGCAAAAGAAUUGUUAAAAACUGUUGAGGAGUCUGUAGAAAUGGAAAAUUCUGAAUCAUUGCAGACAUCCUUGGACGAUGUAAGUGAAAAAACAUCAAAACCUUCUGAACGAGCAAAGAUUCUCAUCUCUGUUCAAGACAAGGAUGAUACAAAGCAGAUUCGUAUGUUCAUGGAUGACAAGUUUGAAAGGAUUAGUAAAACAUAUGCAGAGAAAAUGAAGUGUGAUAUGAAACAAAUUGUAUUGCUAUUUGAUGGUGAUAAAAUAAGUUCAUCUGAAACCCCUGCUAGCCUUGGAAUGGAAGACAAUGAUAUGAUUGAAGUUCAUGUGAAAUCAAGCUGAUUUAGAUCUUCAAUCAGGGGGCUGAGAUUGACAUUUUGGGGCCUCAUUUAUGGAUUUACAUCUUCAAGUUUUUUAUCAAUUUUUCUCGGAGAAUAACAAUUCCAGCUCUUUAAAUUAUUCACGAUACAGAAGACCUAAUUGUACAGAAUGUUUUGACGUAAUUUCUUGCAACACUUUUUAGUUAGAAGUUUCUUCAAUAGCUUUGUGAAAAUGUAUAAACCUUUAUAUUGUGGAUGUGCAAUAUGUUUCGGUUUUUGCAA